GAGUAUGUUUGUCUUGACAUUAUUGCAUACGUAAACAAAAGGGUGUUUAUUCACAUUCUCGCAGAAUUACAUUCCUUCACAACAUGGGAAUUCCCCAGCGGAAAUAUCGGGUUAUUUCAUUCAAACCGUAAAGUGCGUACCGAGUACAAUUCAGUAAACAUUGCAACAUGACAACAUUCGACGGACAGCAGCAAACAAUGGGUGGUAGUGGAGAGAGCAUUCCAAACCUAUCCAACUUUGUGUACAUCUACGACAUUCCACGGAUGGAGAAGAAACGGCUGGCUGCGCUGCUCGAGAUAAACAACAAGUGGUACGUGCUGGGUGUAAAGCAGAUGGGUUAUAGUAGCGCCGAACUGGAUAGUACGCAAAGAUGUUGCCAGAGAAACAAUCGAUCACCGGCGGAAGAUCUGCUCGAUAAAUGGGGUAACUACAACCAUACCAUCACGGAACUGUUUGUGGUGCUGUCCCGCGAGAAGCUUUACAGCUGUAUGGAACUCAUCAAGCGGUACGUUGAACCACGGUACCAUGUGCUGAUUAAACAUUCGCGCAGUGGCCCCACGGCCGGUAUGGGCACAUUCAACGGUGCGGACGCUAAUAACAAUCCGGAAGCAGCGAACGGAAAUCGUGUCCCACCGGCAAAUCAGGCAAUGGCUGGGGGUGGAGCUAAACAGAAAGCGGCUGCGGAUCCGGGCACUCCGGACGCUGCUAAGAAUGAAAGCAAUCCUUCGAAUUCAAAAGAUGAUUCUCCGUUUGCGAAUGAGCUUGCGGAUCUGUCCAGCUUGAUACCGAAGAUAAGCUACGCCGAGCUAACAGCCGCCACCGAUAAUUGGAGCGAACGGAACAUUCUUGGCAAGGGUGGCUUUGGGACGGUGUACCGGGGUAUUUUCAAGCACACGUACAUGGCAAUUAAAAAGAUCGACUACAGCAAGGUAAAGACGAGCGAGGCGGAACGCAUCCAGCUGCAGCAAAGUUUCAACGAGCUGCGCUUCCUUAACUCAUGUCGACAUGACAACAUUGUGCCGCUGUAUGGUUACAGUUUGGAGAAGGAACCCUGCUUGGUGUACCAGUUUAUGCCGGGAGGAUCAUUGGACAAAUGCUUGUUUGCCCGACGGCCCGCAUCACCACUAACCUGGAAGGAGCGUAUGAAUAUUGCACGAGGAACUGCAAAAGGGCUCCAGUAUCUGCAUACGUUUGGUGAGAAACCGUUCAUACACGGUGAUAUUAAACCGGGCAACAUUCUGCUGAACGAGUAUAAGCAACCACGCAUCGGCGAUUUUGGCCUAACGCGCCAAGGCGCCCAACAGGAUGUGGCGAUGGUUGUGUCGUGUGUGUACGGCACCCGGCCGUACAUACCGAAGGAUUUUUUCGAUCGCCGGGAGCUUAGCACCAAGGUAGACGUGUACAGUUUUGGGGUGGUGCUGUACGAGAUCGGAACCGGUUUGCGUGCGUGGGACGAACGACGUACGUACAAACAUCUGAAGGACUAUAUUGGCCAGGCCGUACAGGAUAGGGUAGACGUGUCGGAGCUGAUGGACAAAUCGCCACCGUCGGAUCCGGACGGUUUGCUCUCCUCGUACAAGUUGCUUAUGGUGGGCCACAUGUGUACGACUGACGAUCCGAAACAGCGGUUAGACAUGGUGUCCGUCAUGCGGUAUCUAGAUUCGUGAGAAAGGUACUGUAGCAUCCUCAUGCCCCGGGAGUAUUGAUCGCCUUGGACAUUGGUUUCGUGCACACAAAUCAAAUAAUGUUCUAAUCACGUUGCUCAAGGUAGUAUGCUUAGAUCGAUUGCAUAGCAACAUUUACUAAGCGACACUUUCUUAAUCUAGCAAUCCAAUAUUUUUAACUCUUGUUCUACUCCGUACAACUGUUUGGUGCCUUAUCUAUAUAUUAACUGAAAGUUAAAUGUUUUAUAAAUAAAAACCAUUUUUUUACAACGAAUCCUUCAAA